CUGUGGUUUUCAAACGGUGAAGCAAAGCGUCAGUGGAAAUUGUCUGCGAACUCACUUUGUGUGGCGGCGGACUUUACACGAACACGAUGGGUGUUUUAGGAAAUUUUUGCCUGACCAUCAUGUGCUUUGCAUCUGUUAGCCAGGCGUUUCCACCAACCGCCGAAAUGGCGGGCCUUAUAAAUCUUGUUAAAAUAGCUGUUGCUACACAACCUAAGGCGCCCCGUCCAGGCCAAACUGGUACGAUUGACCCUUCUGGCACACCACGUGAUCCUGUACGUACUCAAGCUGAUCCCACCCGUACUUCCAAGCAUACUACCAGUACCGCAUCUCGUACUGGAUCUUCAACGAGAAAUACUGGUGUUGACCCAACACGUACCCCAACUGAUCCCACGAGGUCUUCCAGGAGGAACACUGGUGUUGACCCAACACGUACCCCAACUGAUCCCACGAGGUCUUCCAGGAGGAACAUUGGUGUUGACCCUACACGUACUCCAACUGAUCCCACGAGGUCUUCCAGGAGGAAUAAUGGUGUUGACCCUACACGUACUCCAACUGAUCCCACGAGGUCUUCCAGGAGGAAUAUUGGUGUUGACCCUACACGUACCAACACCAAUAAUGGCCCCACGCGUACACGUCUGGAUCCUUCUCGUACACGAAUCGAUCCCACCAGGAGAAAUAUUGGCCGCAUUUCCUCCCCUGUAGAUCAAUAUCGAAGCUCCAGAGACCCACAGUAUACUGCUAGGAACCAAUAUGACCCCUCCCAAUCCAGAAGUACACCAAGGCGAAAUCAAGAUAUAACAGAACUAUUAGCGAUUGCAACCAAAGACCCAAAUAACCAAUCCAAUUUAGUGGCCCUUGUCGACCGAGUUCUUCCACAGAGAAGCACCCUUCCACCACUAAUUCGUCCAUCAAGACAACCCAGUCGUCCAGGAUCAGGAGGUCGAUUGUUGUGCCCUGCUUUUGGAGACUCGUGUUUUUCAUAUGACAACCGUGCUAUUAAUGGGCCAUCUUGUUGGUAUGCUAUUGAUGAACCAAGGAACAGAUGUUGUGAUGAGGAUGGAUCUUUCCAGUCUCCUAUCAAUCUGCCUUAUUUUGACCAGGUAGAAGAUAUGGAUUCCCAUUUAUACUAUGCCAUGCCUCAUCAGGAAGCUUUAUCCGGAAGGAUGGAAAAUAAUGGCGUUUAUCCCAAAUGGCUACCCGAGGGAAGAACUGCGGUACUCCGAGGAGUUCGAAAAAACUCUCGUAUUGGUUACAUCUUGGAUAGUAUUACCCUUCAUUUUGGUGCAACUUACGGACCUCGUCAGUCUGAACACUUAUUCAAUGGAAAAAGCUAUAACGCUGAGGCGCAUGUAGUACAUUACCGUGAAGAUUUCCACAGCCUAGUCGACGCCAGUCAGUACCCGGAUGGUGUGGCUAUCAUCGCCAUUCCAUUAUCAUUUAAUGAAGGAGAAGAGAAUGAGGGCUUUAAAGAAUUUAUAGAAAAAAUUUCAUCAAUUAAAGAUUUUGAAGAUUAUGGACCCGUUUGUCUGAUGGAGAGCAUCAGAAUCAAGUUCAAUAAUAUGCUGGGUUUGCGAGAGACGAGAGGAGAUCAAUGUUAUGCAACAGACACUGGAAAUAAAUUCCCAUCCUAUUGUAAUUUACAUUCCCGAGGAUCCAAAAAAUGUGGCAACUCUGUAGAAGACGUUAAAGUGUACCCUAAUAUAAUGUUACCCAAGAAUCCAGAGUUUUAUAACUACACUGGUAGUUUCACAACACCGCCAUGUUCGGAGUCUGUUUAUUGGAUGGUAGCUGAACAUCCCGCACUUAUUAAAUGGGAAAUUGUUGACGCUUUGCGAACAGUUGAAUCACGAAUGGGAAAUGAAGUCAUUGCUACAUAUGGUAAUUUGAGACCUGUGCAACAUUUAGCUGGCAGAAGAGUGCAGAGAAUUAAAUAUAAAUCAUUUUGAGGAAGAAUGUUUUCAAAAUAUAAAUUAUUAUGUUUAUGACUUGAGUAAAUUAUUUUGUUUAUU